AUGACUACCAAUAAUAGUCACAAUAUCCAACGAUUAUCUGCUAUCCUAGACUCAUAUGUUAUGCCUGAAGAAACUGAAAAUGAGACCCAAACAUCUGAUUUACAAGAAUUGGUCAACUCACGUGCUUCCUUGAACCAUAAUGAAGCUGCUAGUAUUCAAUCUUCUUAUAAUGCCAGUAUUCAUGAACGUAUUCCAGUAGUUUCUUAUGUCCUUGGGAGUAAUUCAAACAGUGAAGCAAGUCUGAUCAAAGAGGAAAAGGAAGACAAAAUAAAGGAAUUGUCAACUGACAAUGCAGUUAAAGAUUCUCUUCAAAGCUUGGAUACGAAAAAAAUUAAAAAUAUUGAUAAUAUACGCAAUUCUAAUAAAAUAUUCAAUACUCUUGAUGGUUCUGUUGAUGUGAAUAGAAUAAAUGAAUCUACCACUUAUCACAAAGAUGUCACCGAUAGUGAUUUAGAGGGAAAGGCAAAACAAUUUGGUCGUGCAACAUCAUUCAGAUUAAGCGUUAAUAACAAACAUGCACCUACUUCAUCUUCAGUUGGUUCAGGGAAUUUAGCAAGUUGUAGUGAUUAUGCAUAUUCUAUACACACACCUAAAAUAAGUCAACACAGUUUUAGUAGCAAUUAUACUAAUCCACAAUCUCCACCAACUAUUAUGUCAGCUGUUCAGCAGCAGCAGCAGCAGCACCAGCACCAGCACCAGAAACAACAGUAUAGCCAUCAAAGAUACGAUAGUUUUGGCAAUAAAAAUAUCAGAAGAGAACCAACUAUAUUAUCCAAUGCUUCUAGUGAAAUUCCUGAGUUGGAAGUAAAAGUUGGGUCUAACACUGUUAUUAGGCCUGAUCGUACAAUAACCAAUGAGUUGAAACCAAGUAUUCCUCCAAGAAGUAGAAAUAGACCAAAUUCACAGAUUUUUGCAAUAAACACAGUAGCAGAAGAGGAAAAUUGUAAUUAUGAAGUUAAGACAGAAGCCAAGGAUAAUGAACAAUUUUUAGAGCAGCAAGUUAAUAUUAAACAGGUGCAUGAAAAAAAGCCCAUUUUAAGUCAGCUUGAACUUCAAUUAAAUGACCAAUUGGACCAUUUACAAAAAUUUACUCAAGCGAAUGAUUCAACUCGUACUAUUGAUAGUUGUGCUAUAAAGAAGGAGCCUGGAAAGGUAAUUGAAGAUGAAAUGGUUAUUAAGAAAGAAAAUAGCAAUAUAAGCCAAGAUGUUAAAGCCCACAAAAAUAUCACUUCUAAUAAUCUGUCCAAUUUAAAAGUUGAUGAUGAUGAUUAUUAUUCUGCCUCAAGCAAUUUUGUUGAUGAAUUUGGUGUUCCAGUGAGUAACAAUAGUGAAAACGGAUUUGAUGACAGUUAUCUGAGUAGACCAUUACCAAACAUUCCAGACAAGCUAUUAGCUUUACCAAAAAAAAAAAAUACCAGAAAUACAAUUAAGCUAGAAAAUGCAGACAUAAAUGUAUUAUCUCACGACAAGAUUUUAAAUGAGAGUCCAAAGAAGAGACUAUCUAUUGAUAAAUUUAAAAAGGGAAAACUGGAAAUGAAGAACAAUGACCAAAUUAAAAAAGAAUUAUUGCCCUCGUCACCAUUAACUUUGGAGAAAACAAAGUCUCAAACAUUAUCAACAACUAACCAAAACAAGGAGCCACAGAUCCAAGUUAAAAACGAAAGAGCAGUCUCUAAUGUUAGUUCAAAAACAAUUACCAUUCCAACAGUUUCGAUGAAAAAAGAAGUUAAAAAUACUAUUGAUUUUUUUUAUCAAAGUGAUGACAAUUUAGCUGAAAAGGAAAACAAAAAAUCUAGCAAAACAAAUACACCAUCACCAGUGAAAAAGGAGAAUAGAACUGAAAGAUUACAAACCAAAGUAAAGCAAGAAGAAAUAAUAGUAGUGGAUGUUGAUGAUGAUGAAAAUGGAGCAUAUGAUGUUAAAGUAUAUGAUGAUAUUAGCAAAAAGGAAGAAAAUGGAGUGAGCGAACAACAAAAAUCCAAAAAUACCAGGAAACAAUCCCCAUACAUCAAGACAAAUAAUGAUUCUUCCUCGAACGAUGGUAAUACUUCAUCUUAUAAGAACAGUAGAAGUGCCAGUGAGAUAGGUGGUGCAAAAUAUAACAGUAGUUCUAGGAGGAGGUCUCAGCCAAGUAGCAUAGGAGGAAACAACAAUGGUAAUAGUAAUACGCCUAAAAAAAAGGAAGUAAGAUCUUCGUUUGAUAUCGACACGAUAUCUCAAUUAUUAAAUGUUACAAAGGGUACGCUUAUAGGAUCUGAAUUUGCUAAUUUAGGGAUGAAAGUGGAGGAGAAAAGAGCGUUGGAAAGAUUAGUCGAUAGUUUAAGUAGAUUAACUGCAGAUAUGAUAUUGGAUCCAGAUAGAUAUGAAGAAGGUAUCAAAAGACUGAAUAAAGCAAUUAAAGCUUUAGAAGGAUUUUAA